UCUCUCGGCUCUUUUAGUCAUUGCCAUAACGAAACCCAUCAAAUAUCUUCCCCUUUUUCCCACUUUUCUCUUUCCCCAAAUAAAUAUCUCGCGAUUCAACCCGACCCGGUUAAGCCCGACCCAUGUCCGGUCCCAUCUCUUCGCCGUCCGGCGACUCAUGCCUCAGACUUCCGACGCCGACGAUGGACGCCGAGUCCCAGACGCUGAUUCAGUCGAUCUCGGCGCAGGGAGGCUACGCCUACGCUCGCAUGGCGGCGCUCGCGGCGGCCGGAGACCAACGCGCUGCCGAGGCAGCGCGUGAGAUGGCAUGGGAGCAGCUCCACUCGGGUCCAUGGCACUCGGUUCUUCCCGUGUGGCGCGACGCCUACUCCAUGGCUUGUCUCCACGUCGCCAAGUUCCAUUUCGCUGGCGGCGAGUUCGGCGACGCGCUUAGGGCUCUCGAUAUGGGGCUGAUAAUGGGCGGGGAGAUUCUCCGGAAGGAUCUCCACGACGGGGUUUUGUUGGUUUCCUCUGUAGCCCGUAAGAGAGUGAAGGGUUCAGAAGCUUCCGGUGAUUCCAAUGGCGAGAAAUUGGUUGCUGAAGCUCCUGUUGACGUCAAUGAGGUGAACCCUAGAUUUGUCGUUAUUGUGCUUAAGAUAUUACCUGAUAGGUCUCUUACUUGUCGGAGUGUAGAGAAGAGGUCUGCUCUAUCUUUGGAGGGAUUUCUGCGUGAUUAUUUUCUAACGGGUACACCUGUUGUAAUAACGAAUUGUAUGGCUCAUUGGCCAGCCAGGACCAAGUGGAAUGACUUGGACUAUCUCAAAAUGGUUGCUGGUAACCGAACGGUGCCCGUUGAGGUCGGGAGAAAUUACUUGUGUACUGAGUGGAAGCAAGAGCUUAUAACUUUUUCCCAGUUUUUGGAAAGGAUUCGAUCAAAUAGUUCCUCUGCAGAGCCGACCUAUCUUGCCCAGCAUCCAUUGUUUGAACAGAUUAAUGAACUGAGAGAUGACAUUUGUAUUCCUGAUUACUGUUUUGCCGGUGGUGGGGAACUUCGAUCUCUUAAUGCUUGGUUUGGUCCAGCUGGGACUGUUACUCCGUUACACCAUGACCCACAUCACAAUAUACUCGCUCAGGUUGUUGGCAAAAAGUAUAUAAGGCUUUACCCAUCCACCGUGCAAGAUGAACUCUACCCGUAUUCUGAGACAAUGCUCUGCAACUCCAGCCAGGUCGAUCUAGACAACAUGGACAAGAAUCAGUUCCCGGAGGCAGCGGGCUUGGACUUUCUGGACUGCAUCCUGGAGGAAGGAGAGAUGCUCUACAUUCCUCCGAAGUGGUGGCAUUACGUUCGGUCUUUAACCAUCAGUUUCUCGGUUAGCUUCUGGUGGAGCGACCAAACCGCAUCCUCGGGCUCUUAGCGUGAGAUUUAUCAUCUAUCUCAUCUCUUUUCACUGGCUCCUCUUGUGGAAGAAACCCUUGAAAGAUUUUAAAAAGGAAGAAAUAGGAGGAGAAAGGACAUAUGUUGUCUAAGCGUAGAGGGCAUUUGUGUUUUGGUCCGUUCGAUCGACCAAGUGUGAAUUAGUUUGAUGCUUAGACGCGUUUUUUUGUUGUAUCGGGUACUCUUUAAGUUUGUCUGAUGUGUUAACGUGUUCCUCACGUUAUUGUAAUGGUUGAAUUUCCUCCUCAUCCUUCAGCUUCCUUC